GAGGGAGUGAAACGCGAGGUACUGGAAGAGUCCGGGGUGGAAUUCGAACCGAAAAAUCUCGUUCUGCUGGAAUCUAAUGGUUCCUCCUGGUUUUCCGUCACAUUUCUGGGCGAUGCUAUCGGAGGUCAACCGAAAACCGUACCGGAUAGCGAGUCUCUCAGGGCGCAGUGGUUUGACUUGACCGAGGUGCGCCAGUUCGAGUCCAACUGGUUUUCAGCUUAUCGGGUUCAUCGUCUUGGUCAUGCCCCAAUAGUCCCCGAGGAUGAAGAUUACCAUCCAUCACCGGAAGCCAGUGAGACUGCGAUACGAGAUGCGGAAGCAGGACNCCAUGGAUCCUGUUGGAUCUAA